CCCGCGAGGAGCAGAGCAGUCAGCCCAGCCCAGCCGUUCGUCCCGCGGCGCACUCCUCCAGCCUGCAGGCUCCAGUCCUCCACUUUCCCCGCGCGCGCGCCCUCGCCAUGUCGGAUCACCUCGCGCUCCGGAGCUCCGUAGGAAGCCGCAGCUCCGCGCUGCCCUCCCACCACCAGCGCCUCCCGCCCGCGCACGACCCUCUCGCCUCCGUCUGGAUCCGCCGCCUCCACCUCACCCCUCACCCCCCGCCGCCGCCGCCGCCGCGGCCCCCGCCCCCGCCCCUUCCGCGCCGCGCGACGCCGCCUUCCCAUCAGGACGCCGUCUCCACCGACGAGUCCCGCACGCCGCCGCCCCCGCCGCCUUUGCCCCCGCUACGCAGCGCCGGGUUCGGCCCCUUGCGCUGGAGCCCGCGCCCGUUGCGUGGCGCGCCGCCGGCCGCCGCGUGGGGCGCAGCCGCUGCAGUCGGGGAUUAUGCCGGCGGCACCAUCGGCGGCGGCGGACCACCGAUGCUGUCUCCGUUCUUCCGUCUCUCGGCGCCGCCACCGGUGACCCCGGUCGCGGAUUUCGGGGAGGUCGCGCCUGUGAGGCCGCUGAUCGGGCUCGGAAGCCACAGCGGCUGCAGCGGAUUUCCUGAGCUGUCACCGCCGAUGGCUGGCGGCGGCGACCCCUGCGCCGCCACCUGGCUGGCGGGCAGAGCUGCAGGUGCUGCUUAUCCUAACCAUGCUUUCGACAUGGUUCCCAUAAGAACACUUAAUGAUUUGCAUGAUAGGCAGCAUGGUGUGAUACCUGCACAACCAAAUCUUGCAAGGCAUGAUCCUAGCUCUAGCAGCCAACAUGAUGAACCUUUCUCAUAUUGGAACAUGGGGAGGUUUCGGAGGAACACCACGUCAUCAGCGAUUGCACCUAUCAGUGUUGCGCCUGCCAGUUUUGGCACCAAAAGGAAUGCUGAUUCAAACAAUUUUAUCCCUCUGAAGCUCAGGAAACUAAGUAGGGCUAGUUAGAGCUCGAUGAAAUAUCUGAGCUCUGUUUUCAAGGCGUCGCCUAGGCGACAAGGCGGUGGCGGCUCGCCUUGCUUAAGGUCUCGCCUUAGCCCGCCUAGGCGUCGCCUAGGCGAUAAGGCAGUGGUGGAUCGCCUCGCCUCGCCUUACCGCUUUAAAAACAUAGUAUCUGAGCGAUGUUUUUUAAUGCAUAAUUAAACAGCAUUUGCACCUGCCAGUUUCUCAUAUCCUAAUCCUUCACCACGUAAGAGCAUAGCUUAAGAAGAAUGAAGAUGGAUGCAUUUGGUGGCAAUCGUGAACAUUGUAAAUUUGCCCCCAAAGCCUUGCAUUUGGUGCCCUCCGAGCCACACUGGCGUGCAUGUUUGUACAAUUUAGUGUAACAUAUAGGGUGAUAUUAUGUUCCAUGUUUCCUCUGUGGCUUGUAUACCUCAACAAACACAUAAGUUUCGUUCCAAGGCAUUGUAUGUAUUUUGUUUACCCAA